AUGCCGUCCUACGUCGUCAUCGGAGCUGCCCGCGGCAUAGGUUUUGAGUUCGUGAGGCAGAUUGCGGCAGACUCGGCGAACACGGUUGUGGGACUCAUCCGCAGCCAGAAAACAGCCGACGCUCUCAAUGAGCUGGCAAAGCAGAACUCCAGAGUGCACGUUGUGGAGGCCGAUAUAUUCAGCCCGGAGAGCCUGCGCGAGGCGGUCAAGGAAGUCGUGAGGAUCACGGAUGGAAAAGUUGACGUCCUCAUCCACAAUGCUUAUUCCGCUGGGACGUCGAGCAUGUUUUUGACUGCAAGCCAGUUCGCCGGGAAGGAAUCCGAGCUUGAAGCCGAACUCACAGAUACAUUUAAAGCCAAUGUGAUGGGCCCAAUCCUCAGCAUCAACGCCUUCCUCCCACUCGUUCGCAAGGGUACCGAGAAGAAGCUAAUCUACAUCACAUCUGGAGCCGGAGAUGUGGAUAUGACUAGGCUGAGCAGGCUGUCCGCUCAGAUUGGAUACUCGACCAGCAAAGCAGGCGGCAGCCUCGUCAUGGCCAAGUACGCUGGUGAGCUGGCGGAGGAAGGCAUUAAGACUUUGUCCAUCUCUCCAGGAUGGGUCGAAACACCUGCUACCGAGGGUCUCACGCAAGACCAGGGAGUAUAUGAUUAUCUCUUCAACGCCUUCAAGAGGAUUCAGCCCGAUGUGACAGGUAUGAUCAAGGUCGAGAAGUCGGUCAAGGCGCAAAUGGAUCUUAUUGCAAAGCUCGAUGCGGUCAUGAGCGGCAGUUUCCUUAGCCAUCACGGCAACAAGCAAUGGGUGGACUAG